GUUGACAUAGAGAUGAAGCUGCUGUUAAGCGCCACCCUCCCCAGGUUCCUCUUCCUGUUAGCAUGUCUCAGUGGGUGUGGCUUGGGACGUGGCAUACACCUGGGAACCUGCUCUGUCAACGUACACACUCACGAACUACGCAAGCACUACACAGAGAUACGGAGCUCUGUGAUAGCAGCAGACAGUCAGAUGGGAGUGAGACUGCUGAGGGGAGACGUGAUGAGGAACAUAGAGGAGGGGGAGUACUGCUGUUUCCUGCGUCUAUUGCUACGUUUUUAUGUGGAGAGAGUGUUUGUUAGCCACAGCUUGUCUCAGCCACUGCACCGACGCUCAACCAGCGCUCUCGCUAAUAGUUUCCUCACAAUCAACAAGGACCUGAGGCAAUGUCAAUGCCACUGUGGAGAAAACACCAGGAGAAAAAUGGACUCCCUACAGGCCCAGUUUGACAAGCUGGAGAUCUACCAGGCAGCAGUAAAGGCUAUAGGAGAGCUGGACUCUCUACUGGACUGGCUGGAAGAACUCAAGCACAACUCACACACAACUCACACAGACAGAUAACACACUCAUAUAUGUUUAUAUGAACAUUUGUAAAUGUUGCAGUACAGAUGAUAUGUUACAUUUUUGUUACCACAUAUAAUUUAUUUGAUGAGAUAAGUUUACCUGAAAGGAUUAUUUAUUAAUGUGUGUAUUGAUGCUAAUGUAUGUAUUAAAAGAGACAUAUGUCCGUCUCAGAUGGUUGUCUAAGUUCCAUAAAUAAUGGUUCUAUAAUAGUGUUAUUAACCAGUGUGAAUUUGACCAAACUGUCGAAUUUCACUACAAAUGACAUGUACAGUGCCUUCGGAAAGUAUUCAGACGCCUUGACUUUUUCCACAUUUUGUUAGGUUCAACCUUAUUCUAAAAUGUAUUUAAUUGGGUUUUUUUCAUCAAUCCCCACACAAUACCCCAUAAUGAUGAAGCAAAAACAGUUUUUUAGACAUUUUUGCUCAUUUAUAAAAAAUAAAAAAACUGAAAUAUCACAUUUACAUAAAUAUUCAUACCCUUUACUCAGUACUUUGUUGAAGCACAGUUGGCAGCAAUUACAGCCUCGAGUCUUCUUGGGUAUGACGCUACAAGCUUGGCACACCUGUAUUUGGGGAGUUUCUCCCAUUCUUCUCUGCAGCUCCUCUCAAGCUCUGUCAGGUUGGAUUUGGAGCGUCGCUGCACAGCUAUUUUCAGGUCUCUUCAGAGAUGUUUGAUCGGGUUCAAGUCCGGGCUCUGACUAGGACACUCAAGGACAUUCAGAGACUUGUUCCGAAGCCAUUCCUGCGUUGUCUUGGCUGUGUACUUAUGUUCAUAGUUCUGUUGGAAAGUGAACCUUCGCCCCAGUCUGAGGUCCUGUGUGCUCUGGAACAGGUUUUAAUCAAGGAUCUGUCUGUACUUUGCUCCAUUCAUCUUUUCCUCGAUCCUGACUAGUCUCCCAGUCCCUGCCACUGAAAAACAUCCCCACAGCAUGAUGCUGCCACCACCAUGCUUCACCGUAGGGAUGGUGCCAGGUUUCCUCCAGAUGUGACGCUUGGCAUUCAGCCCAAAGAGUUCAAUCUUGAUUUUAUCAGACCAGAGAGUCUUGUUUCUCAUGGUCAGAGUCUUUAGGUGCCUUUUGGCAAACUCCAAGCGGGCUGUCAUGUGCCUUUUACUGAGGAGUGGCUUCCGUCUUGCCCCUCUACCAUAAAGGCCUGAUUGGUGGAGUGCUGCGGAGAUGGUUGUCCAGAGAAACUCUAGAGGUCUGUCAGAGUGACCAUCGGGAUCUCGGUCACCUCCGGUCCCCUCAUGUCCAACUGCUGAGGAUUUUUUUUAUAUUUGAUCAAUUUUAGAAUACGGCUGUAUCGUAACAAAAUGUGGAAAAAGUCAAGGGGUCUGAAUACUUUCCGAAGACACUGUAAGUGUGCAAUUGCUGGUACCUGGGCUGUCGUCCGUAAACGUAGUUGAUUAUAAUUUGACAGGCACCUUGCCCUCAUUAAGCUCUCGGAGCACACACUGGACGCUCUGGCAAAGGAGUAGGGUUGUUCUGAGCAUUCUGACCUUACAAUGGCAGUCAAGCACCCAAGCUUACUGGCUAAAUGUUGGCUAACUAGCUAGCUACUUCCAGACAAAUGAGAUAACACCUCACUCUGACCAUUUUACUCGCCCUAGCAGAGCUGGUUAGGCUGUUUUUAUGUUAUCCAGAGCGUUGGUGACUAACUGUGCUGCUGGCAACAAUUUAAUUACUCUUUUUUUGCCGACGUUUACUGACACCGGCCAUAUUCAACGGGUGUUGAACCUUCGUAAAUGAAUCAGUUAUUCAGAGGAGAGUGCUCUGAUAUUGGUGUAGAUAGUCAGAGUGAAUUUAUAAACUCUGGCUGUCCCUUCGCCACAGAACGCAGUAAACAUAGAGAGCGAGGCUGAAAACCUGCAUUCUGAAGCUGCCUUACUCAAAAAAUGUACCAAAACAAUAAUACCAGAGGUGUCGAGUAUGCUGCUUUUUUAACUCAAUCAAUGAUUUUGUUUACAUUGUUUUCUAACUGAUAUGAUAUAAUAUUGUGACAUGAAUUAAUGCGAGAAGUACACGCAAUCACCUGGAUAGUGUUGGUCCCAAACAGAUGCCUCUCUAAAGAUAAAAGGUAUACCCAAACACUCUUCAGCCCAAUUGAAACGAAAAAGGGGGGAUCCGGUGCUCGACUGAGGGACUUGAAAAUCCCCAAAACAUUCCAUACCUCAGGAUACUUCAACAGUUGAUUAUCCGGGAGAAUAAAGAAUAAGGAGCACUCUAACCCGAUUGUUUGUAAUGUCAAUAAAUCAGAUUUAUGCAGAAACAUAUUUAUUUUCCGCGAUAGUCACCAGUUGAAGUACCUGGGAUAAGGAAUGUUUUUGGGAUAUGCCAAUCCAACACACAGUAAAAGUUAUGCAGUAAUGUGAAAUAUAAUACAUCUCUACCUGAUAGUAUUUAUAAUAAUAAAUACAGGUUGAGAAUCUAUAUUUAUUUGAGAGAAAAAAAUAGCCUUCUAUAACAGCUUGAAAUUAAAUUAAAUGAUUAAAAAUAAAAAGCUUUAUUUACAAGAAGCAUAAUAUACCAACGCUAAGAUGCUCACAACAAUAUAGCAUGGCAUUACAUGGACUGGGGCUAUGUCAGGUUUAUGAGAAAGAACACCAUGCAGUGGUGUCAAACCCACUACAUAAGAAAACAUACGAGGUAAUGACACUAGAGCUGGUGAGGUGGCACUCCAACAUUUGAACAAGGAGCCUUGUUGAAACCAAAUAUGUGCUGCUUUCAGUACAGCUAGAAGACAGUCACUGAUACGCGUUGUGUAUAAUUCAAAACAAAAUGAGAUGGCAACUGCAUAUGCUUAAAAAUCUAUGGUUCUGUUAUGCACACUAUUUUGGGCUUCUACAAUGUUGUGCAUGUUUAUUCCUCAAUACAGUCACAAUAUAAAAUGCCUUUGGAAAGUAUUCAGACCCGUUUACUUUUCCAACAUUUUGUUAGGCUACAGCCUUAUUCUAAAAAUGUGUUUAAAAAAAUUACAAAUCCUCAUCAAUCUACACACAAUACCCAUUAAUGACAAAACAAAAACAAGCUUGGUCUGAGAGUAUUUAGAUGCCUUUUGUCAAACUCCAAGCAGGCUGUCAUGUGCCUUUCACUGAGGAGUGGCUGGUCGAAAGCGAAAUGUAACAUGUAGUGGGCGGUCUGGUCACUCUACCAUAAAGGCCUGAUUGAUAGAAUGCUGCAGAGUUGGUUGUCCUUCUGGAAGGUUCUCCUAUCUCCACAGAGGAACUCUGGAUCUCUGUCAGAGUGACCAUUGGGUUCUUGGUCACCUCCCUGAACAAGACCCUUGUCCCCUGAUUGCUCAGUUUGGCCAGGCAGCCAGCUCUAGGAAGUCUUGGUGGUUCCAAACUUCUUCCAUUUAAGAAUUAUGGAGUCCACUGUGUUCUUGGGGACCUUCAUUGGUGCAGACAUAUUUUGGUACCCUUCCUCAGAUCGUUGCCUCAACACAAUCCUUUCUCGGAGCUCUACAGACAAUUCCUUUGACCUCAUGGCUUGGUGUUUGCUCUGACAUGCACUGUCAACUGUGGAACCUUAUAUAGACAGGUGUGUGCCUUUCCAAAUCAUGUCCAAUCAAUUUAAUUUACCACAGGUGGACUCCAAUCAAGUUGUAGAAACAUCUAAAGGAUGAUCAAUGUAAACAAGAUGUAACUGAUCUCAAUUUUGAGUCUCAUAGCAAAGGCACUGUAUAUUUAACCAAGAUCAUUGACCUGAUGGGUUUGUUUGUCCUGCCACUACAGGUAUAAGGUAGCAUGUCUUCAAAUGUGAAGCACUUUCCCAUCAAAAUGUAGACAUCCUUUAUGUAUUUAGAUAACACCAAUGUACUAGUUUGCUGUGACUUUAAGGUGUAAUCCAAAUGGGAGACUCAUAUGUUGGGACAAACUUAAAAAGCUUACUGUGUAAACUAAAAAUACUGGUUCUACAAAACAUACUAUCCACUUUUGUGCCAUGCUCAGAUGGGUUAUGAAACAUCAGCUUUUACUAUCGAAAGGUCUUACUGCACAAGUGAGAGAAAGAUUUUGCCCUAAGCAGCAAUGUCAUGUUUCUCACUCUGUGUUCAUCCUCAUCCUCAGUUCUUACAAGUGAAGCAUUAACCACAAAAAAGUCAGCAAUAUGGUUGUUCUCUGUGAAUCUGUUGGUGCUGUUUUAGAAAUCGUGCUGCCCUGAAGCAUUUUACACACAUGGGGCACUUAUAUGGUUUCUCACCUGUGUGAAUACUAAUAUGUUCUUUCAGGCUGAACUUCUGAGUGAAGCUUUUGCCACAAUAACAACACUGAUAUGGUCUCUCUCCUGUAUGACUCCUCAUAUGCUUUGCCAGGGAUUUGGUGUAACCAAAGCAUUUGCCACAUUCUUUGCACUGAUAUGGUUUCUCUCCCGUGUGUAUCCUCAUAUGGACUGUUAAGUUAUGCUUGAGGCUAAAAAAUUUACCACAGUUUUCACAUUGAUGUGGUUUCUCUCUUUUGUGAGUCACCAUAUGUUCUUCCAGGCAUAUCUUCUGGCUGAAGCAUUUUCCACAUUCACUACACUGAUAUUGUUUCUCUCCAGUGUGUGUCCUCAUAUGAUCCCUCUCUCUAUUCUCCACCAUUUGGAUUUGGUAAAUAUGUGAGGGCUGAGGUGGGUCCUGAUCACAGUCACUUUUCACAAAGGAAGGAUUGUUUAUGAACUCUUUGAUAUCAGACUCCAGCCCCUGAAGCUGCUCUUCCUCCCGACCUGUCCCAAACUCCUCCUGUUCCUCUUUAAUCUGUUUGGGCUCUGGGUCCUCCUGCCCCAGACUGGUGCACCACCACUCCUGCUCACAGUGCUGCUGCUCCCCCUCUUCAGGGAUAGGGAGUAUUAGCUGCUGGGGAUCUAAAAGGAAAGUCAAUCAAUCAAUCAUUAUAUUACAAUCGAUCCUGACAUUAUUUUAAAGAACCAAUUGUGUAUUGGUUGUUUAUUGGCAAUGUGGCUUGCCUGUUUACAUAAUCUGCUUGAUUGAUUGUUGUGAUAGUCGCUACCAACCUGCUUUAUGCAAAUGUAUCUUUGGUUGAGUCACGACAUCCAGCAGCAUCCGUAGACGAUCGAUCUCCUCCUUUGAACGGGAGAUUUCUUCCUGGUACUCUGAUACCGUUUUUUCCACGACCACAAAUAUCUCAACAGCCGCCGCUGUUAAUCGCUCGUCCAACAGGUGGCGGUAUACAAAUAGCGACCAAUGAACAAAGAGCGAUCCCCAGCAGCUAGUAACUCACUGUUCCAGAAGCAGAAGUUCCCCCUGAGCAGCAGCACUGUGAGCAGGAGUGGAUCCCAGAUCUGGGGCAGGAUGACCCAGAGCCCACACAGAUUAGAGAAACAGGAGUAGUUUGGGAUUGGUCAUGAGGAAGAGCAGAUUCAGAGGCUGGAAUCUGAUACCAAAGAUUCAUAUUAACUUCCCCCUUUGUGAAAAGUGAUUGGGAUCAGGACCCAGCCCUCAUGUAUUCACCAAACCCAAACUGUGGAGAAUGACUUUCUACCCACUAAAACAACAAAGAGAUCCAAACAGAACAUGGAGAGGGCUAUGGAGUAUCAGAACCAAACAGUGAAUUACAGCCCCUCUCCAGUAAAUUCAGACUGUUCUCCAGCUCAGAAUGAAAACAGUGAACGUGUCGAUAGUAGUACAUCAACUCUGAGAAAGCAGUCUGACAAAAGAUCUCUGGGGAGAAACCGUUUAACUGCCAUGUGUGCAGUAAAUGUUUCCUUACAGAGAAAUACUGUCAAAGACAUGCAAAUACAUACAGGAGAUAAAUAUUUUCAUUACCAUGGUUGUGGCACGUGCUUUACCAGGAAGGGACACUUGGUAGAGCAUUUAAGAUAGUUAUACCCAGAAGAGAAGCCAUUCCACUCCCAAGUUUGCAUCAAACGUCCUCAUCUUUUGAAGGAUUAUAUGAAAUUACACACAGGGGAUACAUAUACACUCUCCUCCAUAUGUAUUUGGACAGUGAAGCUAGCAUUUUAAAAUUGGCUCCCACAUUUGGGAUUUGAGAUCAAAGGUUUCAUAUGAGGCUACGGUACGUAAUGUCACCUUUUAUUUGAGGGUAUUGUCAUAUAGAUUGUUUUUACCGCUUAGAAUUACAAGCAUUUUUAUGUAUCUAGUGCCCCCAUUUGAAGAAGUCAUAAGUAUUUGGACAAAUUCACUUAGUGUGUUUGAAGUAGUAAAACGUUUGGGUGCAUAUUCCGAGCACACAAACCUGUUGCUUGUUGGAUGCAUUUGUUGUCUUUUGGGUUAUGUUUUGCCCAAUAGGAAGUGAAUGGUUAAUUAUAACUGGAGUCAUUUUCUAGAAGUGUGCAGAAAUGUUUCUGAUCCUGAAUGAAUCAUGAAGAGGCUACAACAAAACAUGCUAACCCCUCACCAUUACCAUCUUCUCUUCCUACCUCCAAUAAAAGGGACUCCAAAAUGACAAUACAUUAUUCACCAUUUAGUUCCUAUUGGGCAAAAUGUAAUCUGAAACACAACCAAAACUAACUGCAAAUGCAUCCAACAAGUUUGUAUUUACGUUUGAUGUAGUCAUUGAGUGCAAGGAAUAUGGGACAAAAUAACUUUUGACUAAUAGAAGUGUAAUACUUAUUCAAAUUGGGGAACUUGAUACAUUUAGUGCUUUCAUUUUUAAAUGACAAAAUAUAUGAAAAUGCCCUCAAAUAUUAAGGUGACAUUCUGUACUGUCGCCUCAUAUGGAACAUUUGAUCCCAAAUACAAAAUGUUGGCGUAUGGAGCCAAUAUUAAAAUGUUAGCUUCACUGUCCAAAUACGGAGGGAAGUGUACAUGCUCACUGUGUGACCGCAGCUUUAUAUCUCAGAGUAGACGAAACAUCCACUAGCUAGUUCACACAGGGGAGAAGUGUUUUAGCUGCAAUGUGUGCGGCAAAUCUUUCCCUAGGAAGGGAUAUUGACAUACAUAUGAGGAUACACACUUGGUAAUAAAACUUUGUUGCCGUGUUUGGCAUAAAGGCUUCCGUCAAACAGAGCAUAUGAAGACGAGACCCAAGGGUGGAGGUGCUCUGUGGGAAAAAGGAUUCAGUUAGAAUAUCUGAAGGAACAGUUUAACAAUUUAGGACAUUCCGCUCAUGUCACUACUGUUAGUUGAUUUAAUCUAAUGUAUUGAUUGAUGAAUGAGGGUAAUUGACAUGAUUUGCUAUGUGUCCAAGGAUAAUAUUUAUAUAAAAAAGAAUAAAUACAAUCUUAUUACAACACA